AUGAGUCACCCUGCAAAGAGACUGAAAACAUCAUCUGGUGAAGCACGAGAAGAGGAAGCGCAAAGCAGAUCUUGUUCUAGCCAAUUUGUCCCGCCCGCACUGAGGACCCCUAAUCGGGACAGAAGUACGUUGGCGUCGCUGAGCAGGUCUAUAACGCCCCCUCCACUGCUCCACUGUCGCUCGAGUCAGGAGAAGCAGAAGACUGCAAAGACGUCUGCAUACGAUGGGAACAGCUCUAAUCCAAUUUCUACCCAUAAUACUAUUACCAACCUAACAAUCCGGUCGCCCAUCCAGCUUACACACGUCCGGGAUCUUCCCGCAAACUCUGAUUACAAUGUUGACGCUAUAAAGCUGAGAGACAUCCUGGGCGAUCCUAUGAUUCGGGAAUGCUGGCAGUUCAACUAUAUGUUCGAUGUGGAUUUUUUGAUGAGUCAAUUUGAUGAGGAUGUGAGAAACUUGGUGAACGUGAAGAUCGUGCAUGGAUCAUGGAAGAGAGAGAGUCCCAACCGGAUGAUGAUCGAUGAAGGCUGCUCUCGAUAUUCAAACGUGGAACCGAUAGUUGCUUAUAUGCCCGAGCCAUUCGGUACUCACCAUUCGAAAAUGAUGAUUUUACUUCGACAUGAUGAUUUAGCUCAAGUCGUGAUUCAUACUGCAAACAUGAUCUCCGGCGACUGGGCCAAUAUGUGUCAGGCCGUCUGGCGGUCCCCUUUGCUUCCCCUGCAAAAAGGGAAGGACAUUGCUUCAGCCAGGUCAAGGAUUGGUUCAGGGGCAAGGUUCAAGAGAGACUUACUCUCCUACCUGGCUGCCUAUGGUCCUCAGAAGACCGGCUCCCUGGUCCAGCAACUCGGACGGUUCGACUUCAGCGCAGUCCGCGCGGCGUUGGUUGCGAGUGUGCCUUCGAAGCAGAAAGUUCGUGAUAUCUCUAUAAGGAGUUCAGAAAACAGAACCUUGUGGGGAUGGCCUGCCUUAAGAGAUGUCCUUUCCCAUAUUCCCAUAUGGCAGGGAACAAACGCAGCACAACCGCAGACACCCCAUAUUGUUGCCCAGAUUUCCUCAGUUGCUACAUUAGGCCAAACAGAUAAAUGGCUCAGAGAGGUCUUCUUCGACUCUCUCUCCCCGAAGGCGAACAUGCACGCUCAUUCCCAUUCCUCUUCUAGGACAGGUCACAGUUCCAACUCUCAUUCCUAUCAUACAACUCAGAACGCGUCAAGGCGAACUCCAAAAUACUCAAUAAUCUUCCCCACUCCAGACGAAAUCCGUCGUUCCUUGAACGGCUACGCCUCCGGAGGCUCAAUCCACAUGAAGCUCCAGACGCCUGCACAGCAAAGACAGCUACAGUACCUGCGUCCAUAUCUCUGCCAGUGGGCCGGAGAUAAUGAUAGCAGUAAUAGCGAAAAACAAAAUGCGGGCCGGCGACGAGCAGCGCCGCAUAUCAAAACAUACAUCCGCUUCUCAGAUACGGAGAGGAUGGACUCCAUCAGUUGGGCCAUGGUUUCGUCUGCGAAUCUCUCGACGCAGGCUUGGGGAGCUGCUAUCAAUGCUAAUGGGGAGGUACGCAUUUGCUCAUGGGAGAUCGGGGUUGUCGUUUGGCCUGAUUUGUUUAUUGAUGGUCACAAUCAAACUCACGGUGAAGAGUUUGAUGGUAACCUGAAGAAAAGAAGGGUUGUUGCGAAAAUGGUUCCAUGUUUUAGACGGGACUUGCCGUCUGAUGAUGUUCUUCUUGAUGCCGGUUGUUCUCUUUCAGAUGAUGCUGAGGGCUUGGAAGAUGCGCCACAGUCCGUGGUGGUCGGUCUCCGGAUGCCCUACGAUCUGCCCCUGACGCCGUACAGAUCGAGUGAUGUCCCUUGGUGUGCAACUGCGAUUCAUACAGAGCCUGACUGGCUGGGACGAACAUGGGUUGAGUGA